GUCUUCAUCAUGAUCAUGAUCUCUCUGCUCCUGCUGGCCUCUCUGCUGCCACACCUGACCUUCACUGCUCAUGUGAACGUGGGUAUAGUGAAUGGCAGGUUGGCCAAGCACAGACCUUACAUGGCUUCUCUUCAGAUUAACUUUAAUCAUACCUGUGGUGGAUUCCUCAUCUCUGAUCAGUGGGUCUUGACUGCUGCACAUUGCUGGAAUUGGCCUGUCGAGAUAUGUCCACAGUUUCUGACAGUUGUGGUUGGUGUGCUUGACAUAACCAAGAGUACAAGCUCGAACCGCAUCAAAGUGAAGAAAUGCAUCCCACAUCUUGAAUCCUGCUCAAGAACUUCACGGAAUGACAUCAUGCUUUUGAUGUUAGAUAAAAAGAUAGAUCUAAACAACAAUGUUAAAACGAUAGAUUUACCAAAGGAAGGAGAAGAUGUAAAAGCAAGAAGUGUCUGUAGUGUUAUGGGCUGGGGAACAGUGAAGCCCAAUGGCAAUUUGAGUGCUCAACUACUGGAGGCAGACGUGUCUAUACAAAACCCUGCAGAGUGUCGAAAUCGAUGGGGAACUUUUUACAUAGACUCACAGAUGAUCUGUGUCCGUGGCAGAGGUGGAACCUGCCAAGGGGAUUCAGGAGGUCCUCUGGUUUGUGGAAACAUUGCAGUUGGUAUCACAUCUUUUGGUGGAAUCAUAUGUAAUUCACCCCAGGCACCUAAUGUGUAUACCAAGAUUUCAGCUUAUCUUCCAUGGAUUAAAAAAAACAUGAGAAAUGUUAAGUGACUUCAUGGAAAAUGAAAAAGAAGAAAUCUUUUCUUGAAUUGUCCCAUAAACCUUCUUUCAAUAAAAGUAUCACAUGGCAAGCAUC